GGUUAGUCAUAUUGAUCAAAACUAACAAAUUCUCGAAGAAUACAAGUUAUCCAAUGUUUCCUCACUAGUUAAAUAUUUUUAUUUAGUAUUUUCAGUACCGAAUUAUGUAUUAUAAAGUAUGUAUUGAAGUAGUAAUAUAAUGUAUGAGCCAAUGUAUGUAUUGAAGUAGUAAUGUAGGCCUACUCAUGUUUGUAGACGUAGUCGAUGUACCGAAUGCAAAUGCAGGAGACCUUGGGCCUUGGCUUGGUCUUGGUGCUCCUACAUGACUACAACAAGAUUAUGAUGAGGGUAUAAGGGCUUUAGGGUCAUUAGGAUUAGUCAUCAUCACAUGUGGUCAACAAGUGAAUGAUUAUGAUUGAAAAAUGAUACUCAAAUCUAAGUCUAAUGAUUGAUUUGAUAGGUACUGAUAGUGAUACUAAUUUUGUUAUUUUUAUUUAUUUAGACCGGUACUGAAUAUUGAGUACCUAUAAAGUGUAUUACAGUAGAUACUUCGGCGAAGCAAGGGACACUCCUAUUAAAUUUGUAUUGGAAAUGGGUAUCGGCGCAGUAGGAUCCGAGGUUUCAAUUUUUUCAUGUGCAUGUAAUUUGAAUAAAUUAGGAGCCUUUUGGCCCAUAAUUAAGGUUUGACUCCGCCCAUUAACUUUAGGAGAAAUGUUGAACUACAUUCCCAUUGAGUUAAUUUGUUCUUUAUCUCAACUAUAACUGAGGAAAAUAAUUUGUCAAUAUAAGACAUCUUCGCAUUAAAAAAUUCGGUCUAAAUAUUCAAAGUAGGUCUUUCAUAUUAAAAGUAGGCCUGCAUAAUUUGUUGAAGUACAUGUGUGUAAAAUUUCAUUGCGAUAGCUCAUGAAACAUUUUCACAAUUUUCCUCAACGUUGACUUCAUUAUGCAAAUGUCGCACAGGCCAUUUUGGAUUGAUGAUCCUGCCCCCUUUUAAAUGGCGGAAAACGCCAAUACUUAGCUUAGGAAAUAUUCAUUAUUAUCUCUAUAUACAUCAAAAUAUUUAAUAACUUGUGUUUCAGAAUGCAUUUUGAAACAAUUUAAACUAAAAAUUUUUAAUUUGAGCUUUAAAGACCCGGUAGAGUCCAUAUUAUUAGCGAUCAGAAUUGACCGUGUGCAAAAAGUUAUAGGAAACCACAGCCAUUUGCAUAAUGCUAUGCCGUAGUACUACCGACUAUCUCAAGUUUCAUUCAUAAGAGUUUGCCGUGUGCAAAAACUCUUAACACCAUUGGUCAGGGAAAUCUUUAGUUAAUUAGUCAUGUGCCAAAGUUGAAAGUUCAAAAUAAGUACCGGUAGAUACCAAACAACAUUUUAGGGGUAGCGUUGCCUUAUAUAGACUAUAUAGCAUUUACCGGUAUAAUGGACGCUGAAGAUUUGGUAAAUUUACUGAUAUAAAUAGUGCAUAGUUAGAUAAGCAACAAUUUAUCUAUAAUUGUUAACAUUAUUAAACUUAUUUUUUUAAUAUAGCUUUAGUUCUGAAAAUAAAAUUAUCAUUAAAACAAGAGUUAUAUAGCUCGUGACGCGAACAGCAGAAUUGGGUACCAGAAAAAUGGAGAUGCUGUCCAUGUUAAAAAAGGACAAAUUAAGUUGUACUUUAAAAAUUCAUAACUUUAAAACUACAACAGCUAAAAAUAUGAUUUUGGUGUUAUAAUUCUUUAAAAAAUUAGCUUUAUUCAACUGCCAUUGGUUUAUUUUUACAAAAAGUUUUAAUUUUCUAAUCAAAGUACCUAACUGUAUAUCAAUAGGUUUUUGUAUUUUGAAAACUUUCAGAAAAUUAUAAUUGUAAUUUUAUAUAUUGAGAGGAGCCAUUUUUGGCAAGCUGCAGAGGUCUUUUUCAUGGCUGUGGGCAACAAACAUCUUGACCCGCCAUGAUGACUAACCCUCGUUACGUCACUGUAUAGGUUGUAUUUGCCUCCAUAUACAUUUUUUCGGUACAUAUAUAACGUACUGGCAACAACCAGAAACAUACUUUUGUUUGUAAUUAAUUUCAUUUAAAAGAUUUCUUUACUUUAGAAUAUAAAACAAAGACGACCAAGACUUCAAAUUCUAAAGGCAUUAUCAUCUGUUUGCUUUGAUUUUACACUUACUUGUAAUAUUUCAUUCACCAGUGAAUAUUUUUCACAUUAGCAUAAGUAGAUUUAUUAGACUUUUAUAUGUCUUCACUGGACAUUGUAUUCAGGAAGCUACACAUUUUUAUAAAGACCCACAUUUAUUUUCACACUACAGUCAGUUAAUCAAUUAUAAUUCUAUUUUGUACAGGUAUUGAGAUAAACCCAUGAUGAUGAAUACAUGUUCAUCUUAAGAUGGCAUUUCCAGCAAGAAAAGAUAGAAUAGUGAUUACCAUUUUACUUUGAGAAACAAGAAUGUUUCUACAUAAAUUAACGUGCAAUUUAAGUUUUUAAAAAAUGAGAUUAAGAUUCCUGUCAAAGUCCAGAGUUGCCAGGCUCCAGCGCUACGCAAAGCAAGUUUUUAUUCUAUUGUACUUUUCUUUGGUUGGAUUUGCUUUGUUCAACUAUCGAAGUCACUGUAUAGAAACAAUGCCAAACACACUUAUAGAAAUGUCAAAGCUGGAUCAUUCACUUGCUGACAGGUGUACACUGGACUUUGAUAACUUGGGUAAGUCAAUUCUUUGAAAUAUUUACUUUCAAAAAAUUAUUUGAUUAACUAGGAAUGUCACUUAACCAACACUAUUGAUGGAUUAAGGUUUGUUAAAUUAUCCAUGAUGGACAGAUACCACUCAUGAUGUUCCGUUGGAUACAGUAAUUAUAUAAAUUUUGAACAGUCUAAAUAAACCCUAAGCCGUGCUCUUGUUCUCUCUCUCAUCUUGUAACUAUUGUAACUCUCUUCUGUCAGGUUCACCAAAACACUUCAUUGAAAAAUUGCAAAAGGUUCAAAGCUCAGCUGCAAGGCUAAUUCUAAAGGCAAAAAAACCGUGAUCACAUCACACCACUUCUUCAAUUACUUCAUUGGCUCCCUGUACAAGCACGAAUUGACUACAAACUCUCUGUUCUCUGCCACAACUUUUUCUCAAAUUCAUUCCCUUCCUAUCUAACCGAACUUCUCUCUGUCUAUUCACCCCUUUGACAGCAUCGUUCCUUCGCAGACACGCACAUUCUUUCUGUCCCCAAGACUCUCACAAAAACAUACGGUGAACAAUCUUUCUCAUUCUGUGCCCCUAAACAAUCGAAUUCUCUUCCACUACACAUUCGCGAUAUACCAACCAUCACAACCUUCAAAGAUGCACUCAAAACACAUCUCUUUGAACUCUACCAAUGCUGACUGAUUCCCCCCUCUUACUAAUAAACGAUGCUGCUGGGUAGCCGUCCAUGGCUUGACAUGUAAAUAGUUUUUGAAUGUGUGGAGUAAUAUAUAAGUUGUUUUGUUGAGCUAUCUAUAUUUGUGGAAAGGAUAUAGUAUUUUUUUUCUCUUUAACAAUUGAAAUUACCUUUAAAACUCAGAAUAAAGCUUUAUGCUAUUUAUCAAUUUUUUAGUCAAAUAAUUUUCUUAGGCUCAGAAUGGGAAUUUAAUAAUAAUAAUAAUAAAGCUUAUUUGAAAAUCAUGCUUUAUCCCCAAAGGCUCGAAGCGCGGUACAAAGUCAUCCAUAUUAAAAGAGAAAUGAAAAAAUUAAAUUUAAUAGUAAUAUUAGGCAGUAUGAACUGUCUCCCAGAUUAGAUAAUUAAUCACUCUAAUCAGUAUCAGGUUAAAUAACAUGAAAGAGAGAGAUUGAUCACAACUUAUUCGGUUUCCAUGAAAACAAAAGUUGGAAACUGAGCAAGAAAACCCUUUUAUAUAAAAAAAAUAUAUAUUUGAUAUAUUCAGUACUGAAGAGGAUUAAGAUCUGUUUUUAAAAAAUAAUUAAAAUUAUCAGUGAUUUUAAUACAGAAAGACAUUUUUUGUUCUAUACUGUAAUUGAUGCAUAACACAGAAGUUUAAUAUCUUUUCCCUCAACAUGUUUUUUUUUAAACAGGAGAUGCUGAUGUUGAUAUUUUUGGUGAACCCACAGAAGAAAGUAUUAUGGCAGAUAAUCCUAAUGUGAAAACGGGAGGCACCUGGAAGCCCACUGACUGUCGGUCGUGGCAACGUGUAGCCAUCGUCAUACCUUAUCGUGAUAGACUCCAUCAUCUACAUAUAUUGCUGCGGCGUUUACAUCCCAUGUUACAGACACAGAAGAUUCACUACAAGAUAUUUGUUGUUGAACAGGUUUGUAAUAAUGCAAAUUUUAACCUAGUAAUUUCAACAGUCUUAAAUAAUAGUGAUGUCUGUACCAUUUUUUAAAAUGGUUUUCUGUUGUGAAUAUAAUUAAAUUAAAAUUAUCAAGAACCAAAUAGGUUUUUUUAGUUUAAAUAAACCAUAAAAUACAAUAAAACUUGUUUAAUUACAAAUAUUUAACUUAUACUUGAGCUUUUACCAUUAUUAGUGAUAUCUUGUUUUAAUGAUGAACGAAUUGGUGCAAAAUGAGUGAAACCGAAGUAUUUUUUUGGUAUAGAGUGAAAAUAAGUACUGAAAAUAUAAUACAAUAAAAUAUGAGACUUAACAUUUUUGAUUCAUACACAGAAUUUUAUUCUUAUCCACAGACCAUUAAAAGAGAAUGAUAAAAAUAUACAAUUAAACACUCAAUACCUAACUUAGUGAUUUAUUAUUUUUUUUAUUAAAUGUAGGUUGUAGCUGUAAAAUGAAAUAGAAUAUUCAUCAUAUUUGAAAAGCUAUCAUUUUAAUCAAAUAAAUACUCACUCUGACUGAUUCACUAUUGUAAAUAUUGGUUCAUUUAACUUUACAAAUUUAUUUAUAGUGAACUGAAAUUUUCAAACAUUUUUUGGUUCAUCUUAUUCACAAGUGGGUACGGAACUCUUGUUAAUAAACAGAGAUUCAAUGGAAUGAACUUGCACAAAAAUUCAUUUGUCUAUUAAUGCUAUCCCAAAAAUUAAGAGCUUGUCACAGAACAACAAAAUAAUAACUUAACAUAUUAAUAAACAAUAUACCAUUUAGAAAAUGCCCACAAAAAGCAUAUAUCUUAAUACAAAUAUAAAGCACAACCCUAAGACAUAACAUUUGCAAUUCUAGGCUGACAAAGACAAAUUUAACAGGGGGAAACUAAUGAAUGUGGGAUACAAGGAAGCUCUACGGCUAGGAGAGUUCGACUGCAUGAUAUUCCAAGACGUGGAUCUACUGCCUGAGGAUGACAGGAACUUGUACCUGUGUGAUGACUAUGCUCGGCAUUUGGCAGCAGCCAUUGACGAAAUGAGAUACCAGUAAGUUGUACUUGUGUGAUGAAUAUGCUCGGCAUUUGGCAGCAGCCAUUUAUGAAAUGAGAUACCAGUAAGGCAAUAAUUGAAUAGACUUCAAUAUUUUGUAUUAGUUUUAUCAUUAAAAUAAGACAGGACAACAUAUUCCUGUUAUCAGUUGAAAUCAAUUCAUAGCCAGUAAGUGUCUACGAAUAUUUUCCUUUGCAAUCACAUGUUGUGGUUUGUUUUAGUCCACGGAAUACUUGUAAUAGCAAUUUUAUCAAGGGUCCUCCUCAUAGGGUGGAUAACCAUGACAUCCCAUUUAAAAACUGAAUUUAAUUUAUUGACUCACUAGAGGUUAAACUCACAGCUAAAAUUGAAAUGAAAACAUUUAUUUUGACUGCACACAUUUUGAAGUUCAUACUGUGGUAUCAUAGUGUAAUUAAUACAUUUUUAGCAAAAGAUUUGUUUUUUAUCGAGUCAUGUUUGUUUCAUGUAAAUAUAAACUUACCUAAAGAAAUUCUAGUUUUACUAGCAUAAAUUUUUUUUAUUUGUUAUUAGUAACCUAUUUCAAACCCUUUGUCUUAAGUUGCGAUUGAAUGUAAGAUUGUUAUGUUUUUUUGUGAUUUUUUUUUUGUAGUGUAAUGUGAUUAAAAGCUGUUAGAAAAUAAAAUUUUGAAGUCUGUUAAUUAAGGUUCUUAAAGUUUGUAAAUGAUUUUUAACGAUGCAUAUAACCCUCUUUAAAAUUGUGCAAUCUUACACUUUCCGUCAAUAAUUUAUUGCCAUUUUGUUUUUCUAGCGUAAUGUACUACAAUUAUGCCGGGGGAGUUAUCGCCAUGAACAAACACAACUUUAGGAAAAUAAAUGGCUACUCAAACUCUUAUUGGGGUUGGGGUAAUGAAGAUGAUGACUUUUCAGCCAGGUAACUAUUUCAUUCAUAUAUUUGUUGCUAGUGAAAAUAUAAUUUAACUUCAUUUCAGACUUGCACACUACUAGCUCAAAUGUAACAUUGCAUCCUGGACACUUUAAACUGGCUCUACAUACUCCAAACCAUUAUUUUUUCAUAUUAACUAACUAAAAGAUAUAACAAAAUUAAAAACUGGCUUUGCUUUUUCUUUGCAAGAAUUCUAUCCAACACGGCCGCGGUUUAGCUUUGUCGAAUGUACUAAAUCAUCAUCAUCCUGCACACUUUAAGCAUAGUCAGUUUUAUUUAUAUAGUCUUUCUGUCCCCGAUGUUAUAGUACAGUGUGGCCUUAGCCAUAAAAAAUUUGUUUCCUCUGGUUACUCGCAAAUCUUAUGUCAUGUAAAGUAAUAAUAUUUGUAUCCACCAAACAGUCUGUCAAAAGCAGUGAUGGGAAUGUUUUAUAGCACCAUUACUCUAAGUUAUAAAUUUUUACCCCCACUGUCCUGUAUUUAGAGUUUUACCAAAAAUGGAAGAGAAAGGACAGCAUAGACCCUAUUAUUACAAAUUUUAGAAUCCCCUUUUAAAUUCUGUGCAGUAAUGUUGUGAAUAUUUAAAAUAGCUAUUCAAUGCAUAGUUAAAAAAAUAUUUUCUCCUUUGAAACCAGAAUUCAAGAAUCAGGUCUCUUGUUGACCAGGCCACCAACACAUAUUGGAAGAUAUAAGAUGGUUAGACACACAAAAGAAACCCGAUCUGAACAUGGGUCUGUUGAAAUUAUAUAUUAUUUUAAUUGAUAUUAAUAUGAUAAACUUGCACUAAAAAAAAAUUAAAAGAUUUGCUCUUAAAAAAUUCAUGAAUAAAUUUUGCUUCCAAUUUAAAGUUGGUCAUCACAUGCGCAAUGAUUAUGGUGUCUGUCUCUUGACCCACUAGUAGCGGGUUCAAAUUAGUUUGGGGCUUUCCCCAGCUAAUGUAAAAAUAAGAGGGUAGAAUGGGGUCUGUUAGGCCAGUAAGUCAGCCACUUUUUGGGUGGAUUUUAACCCUGUGUAAAAAAAUCCUUAACCUCUGAGGUAUGAACAUAGCAAGCAGCUAAAAUUGUCUGGUAUUAAUAAUUGCCUUCGCAAAAAUAGCUGGGAUAAACCCAUAAUUUUGUUUUAAAAUUGGAGAUUAAAAAAACUGGGAUUCCCUUCCCUGUUAACGUAUUGUUUUUCUUGAUGGUAAAACUUAAACAUUUGUCAAAAGUAGCCAGGUUUUCUCAAAGCGCCUUAAUCCAAUAUUUAACAAGUGAAAUUGCAAUUUUUUAUCAAUUUUUUUUCCUUUAUUGCUCUCCAGGGCCCCACAAUGCAGUUUGGGAACCUGUGCAUUAGUUGAUACCUUCUCAUACAUUCUUACCUUUGAAUUUGAAACUAAGUAGUUAACCAUGAAAUGCAAUCUUUUAUACUAUCUUGCUUUCAGAAAUGAAAUGUUCUUAGGCUGGAGGACAAGGUGGCCUAAAGAUGGAUUAAAUGAUCCAGUGGGAAUGAACUACACACUUCGUGAGGUCAAUGAGAAGCCUCUCUAUACUAGAGUUUUAGUGGACAUUGGAAAGCCACCGGCCAGUAUGGAUAUUUACAUGACAGAUCAUUCUAAGGAUGUUUCAAUUUGGUGGUAAGUGGCCCUGCCUUUGGAACAUAUCUGCACAGUUUUUUUUUUACAUUUAUUGUUUGUUACUCCAUUGUAUGCGAAGUACAUGACCUCAGUAAACAUUAUUUCACAGAUAAGUCUCAUUAUAAAUUUGUAACUUUAUUUUUAUAAAGGGAGAGGGGGGAGGGGGGUAAUUUUUGUAUUUAAUUGCAUUGUCUGUUUUAUUUUAGAUUUGUUCAGUUUUUAUUCCAUAAAUAAAAGAUGCAAAGGAGUUUAAACCAUAACUUAGCUAUUGUUAGGGUCAUAAUUACUUACUUACUUAUGCCUUUUUACCCCGUCUGGGGCAUAGGCCGUCUACAAGAAUUUCCCACUCAUCACGGCCCUAUGCUUUCCUUUCCAAUUGCUUCCAGGUGUAUCCCAUAUUUUACAUGUCUGCCUCUAGCUCACGUCUCCAUGUAUUCUUAGGCCUUCCUCUCUUUCUUUUUCCCUUUUAGGCAUUGUCUAGUGGUGGUAUCUGGGGCAAAUGCUCCGAAAGCCUCCAGAUAGGGUCAUAUUUGUUAAACCCUACUUCAGCAGUGUCCGUGCGGGCCUCAUUUAGGUCCAGCUCAUCCUGUUUCACUCCACAACUAUAAAAUAAUCUUCAGUUUAUCUAUGCAUCAAACCCCUGGGCUUGUAUUAGUAUUAGGAGUCUUUGUUUGUUAGAUCCAGCAGUUGUAAAAAGUCUCAAAUUGACAUUUUGAAAACAACAUAACCUAUGUUUUGGGUCACAACUGGAUUCAUUAUCAUUUAUUUAUCAUGUCCCUGUUGCUUUGUAUACCACAUGUAGGUCGAUUUAAAAAAUGGUUAUAUCUCAUUGCUUUAUUAUUUUUUUAUUUAAAGAAAUGUUCGACAGCACUGUCAUUAAUUCUUAGGGCUAUGAUGGACAGGAAAAGUUUAGAAAUGAACACUUUUUUUUUUACCUCCGUGCCUAAUUACUAGGAGGGUUUUUAUUAUGAUGGCUGUUAAUAAGGUUCUUUUUUUUUAAAAUUGUGUUGACAAGGAUGUCCAUUCGUAAAAGUGACAGCCUUAUUUAUAUAUUUAAUUAAUUUUUUUUUUUUCUUUUUCCUCAGGUUUUUAAAGUAUUAUUACCCAUGAUCAUCCCAGCACACCUUUGAAGUCUCAAGCCUGUGAUAUUACUCAAAAGUUUCAUCCUUUUCAUCAAUAUCAAUUACAAUAAACCAUGGAUACUGUGAAUAACAAGAUUGUAUGGACAAAAGCGAGUCUCCCACUAUCAUGCUCUUCCCUUUUUUUAUACAAAAAAUUGCUAUCAAUUUACACUAAUGCAUUUAUUUUGGUGGUUCAUUCCAUUCAGGUCAAUAUGCAGGGAAAUAAGAUUUUAUUCACAAUAAUUAGAUUAUUUAACUUGUAUAAAUUAAUUCCUUUUUUUUUAAUUGCUUCUGCAUUUAUUUCAAGUAUAAACUUAUAAAAGUGCUGAAUGCAAAUUAUUUAGACCAUUUAAUUUUGAGAUUAUUUUCUUAAACUGAUUUAUUUUCUGCAAAAAACAAUUUGUUAUAGCAGUAAUAUUGGGCGUAUAUGUUUUGUAAACAAAUUUAAACAGAGAAAAUUGUUUCAUAAAAUAGACCAUGGUUAGCACAAUGCGCCAAAAGGUUUAAUUUUAAUUAGGCAUGCAGUUUGCUGUAUGUCAUUUAAAUAGAUUUUUAAAAAAAAAUUAAUAGCAAUAAUAUAAACUAAUUAGUGCAACGCAUUGUAGUAAUAAAUAUUCAAAUUUUAAUUAGGCGUGAGGUAGGUUAGGGUAGGCCAUCCCAGUGUUUUCAGAAAUUUAAAUUGUUUUGUCAUAAACAUAAUUAUAAUAAGUAUACCUAUGAUUCAAUUCAAGCUUUUCCAAUUGGUAAAUAAUUUCUUACAAUUGAAGCAUUUUUGUUUUCUAAAGACUUUUUGUUUUCUAAAAUUAAUUAUUUGGUAGUUCACAUUAUUUAAAUAAUGGUUAUAUGGUUCAUUUCUUCUCCUGGCACAGGACUUGUGUCUCUAUUUUAAGCAGGAACCUUUAAUUAGGUUCAUGACUUCUUUGCAAAUUUAUAUAACAGUAAAGUGUAUAGUUGAUAAAUAUCACAUGUUUGUUUACCCGUUGGUAUAUAAUGAUUUGUUGAAAUGAUAAUCAAAAUUUUUUUUUGCUUUUUUAAUGCAGUAAAACGAAUGUUAUUACAUUUUGUAACGUACAUUGAGGAUUAUAUUUAAGGUCAUAACCCCAGCUUUCAAUUGGAAAAGGCCUUGUUGCAAAAAAUUUUUUUAAUAACAUUGUUGACUGCAUGGGCAUGGCGAUACCUAGACUGUAUGGGGGAUACCUUACUGAUAUUGAUUGAGAAAACAAGAGAAAAAAGUCUGCAAGAAUAUUGAAAUAUAAGAACAAGGUAUGCUAAACUUGAAUUAAUAGACAGUAAAAAAAAUUUGGACGUUCGGCUUAGACUUAGAGCCUUCAUCAGCAAACAUGACAAAAGGAAGUAUGACAAGUAACAGAGCACAGUAAAAAGCUUUAGAGAUUUCCCUUUGUUGCCGGAGGUAGGAUCCAAGACUCUUACAAUUUAAA